AUGUUGGCUGUGACAAGUUCAGAAAACCAUUUUCUGUCGAUACACAAUAAAUUGAAACAAUCUGACAACUUUGUUAAAAUACUUCAGCCCCUUGCAAAACACUUGGAUGAUUUGGUUUACAGUUUUAAAACACUCAAAAUCAACUGGGCGACACUACCAACCCCCUCUGAAGAAAACAGUCAAACCGUUAUUGACUCAACCCUCUUGCUCAUCAACAAUUUUAUUGAUAUGUCCGACACAUUUAUAACAAUUGAUUGGACAUCGAAGAAUUUGUACAACUCAGAAAUAGCGUUGGCAGUGAGCGGAAUACUACUUAAGGAUCUGUUGAUAAUUUUUUAUUACUUCAACUUAAAUUUCAGCGUGGUUAUCAACAACAUUUACAAUUAUUUAGGGAUCGCGUACAACAAGACAGUUGAGUGCAUUGGGAAGUACGACAGUUGUGUCCAAUUUUUCACAAACAUUUUGAAGUCACAAAGUCUUUUUGAUAAAGAGAAUUUGCCAGCACUUCACUUUUCGCAAAUAACACCUCUGAUUAAUUUCGCAAAGAGGUGGAUACGCUGUAAGUCCAAUCCAGAAAAACGCGGUGAUGUUGACACAGAAAUCGAUGAAUUCGUCAAGACGUUUAUGGGUGACUCAAAAACCAAUUUGGUUUCCAUCAAAUCUCUUUUAUCACAAGAAUUUUGCAAACCUUGCACUCAUCAAAAAGCACGGCCAACGUCAAUUAGCACAUUCGACUCUCUAAUCACAAACACAGACUCUCCCAUCUUCCAUGAGACUUGUACUUCGCCGUUUAGAAGUCACUCCACACAAAAUGUGCCACAGUCUCCAGACAUCACAAAAGGGAAGUUGCGGCUACGUGUGAAAAACACACCCAGUCCGGUGAUGAAGAUUGGAGAAACCUCCAUUUUGUAA